GGGAUUUCCCUCACUGAGCGCGUAAUAGUUUGAGUGGAAAUCAAAGAAAAAUCGAAGUUUUAGUUUUUAUGCAACAACAUUUGCCGCGACAUGACAAGAAGUAAAAAACAAGAAAAAGCCGAAAUAUUCGAGGUUGAAAAAGUAAUAAAUCGAAGAAAGAGCAAAGGGAGGACGUUUUAUUUGGUUCGUUGGAAAGGAUUUUCCAGCAAAGAUGACACGUGGGAGCCCACGGCAAAUUUAAAGCAUUGUAAAGAUGUGAUCCAGGAAUAUAAUAACGAUUUACAAAAAAAGAAUCUUUCGCCGUCAGUUAGUAUAAGUUCAGUGGGUUUCUACAACAAGAAGGUGAAAUCAAAAACCUCCGAUCACCCCCAAUCCUCAAGCAAGCUAACGAAAACCGAAAACCGAAAAUAUUUGAAAUGCAGGGUUACGAAAAACAAGAAACUUGAUGGCACUCGAGUUGUUGAUGGGAAUCAACAUGUUGGCCUGGACCACAAUUACGUUGAUCGUGGGCUCGCUACGUGUAAACCAAUCAAUAAACAAGAAAUUAUUAAGGGCAGAAUAUUUCAGGAAAGGAUUGUCUAUUUACAAUGGCGGGGAAAUUUUGCUGAAAUAAUUUUUUCAAAUUCGAUGCGGAACAAUGCGUUGAGUCCUCGAUUUCUUGCAGAGCUAAUGAAUGCGCUUGAUGCUGUCGUUUCCAGCCAAUGCUCACUAGCCGUCAUCUCAUCGGUUGGUAAAACGUUUUGCGCAGGCUACGACGUCCUUUACAUGCUAAACAUGCUAUCAGAGACGAGUCACAUACAGCAAACAGCAAGGAGUUUUGCUGAAUCUUUGAGGAACUUUGUUGAUAAAUUAAUUGAUUUUCCCAAACCGUUGGUCGCUCUGGUGCAGGGGGGCGCCGUGGGGUUAGGGUGUGCUAUGCUGCCUCUUGUGGAUGCUGUUUAUUGCUCGGAAAGAUCAUACUUUUCCACUCCAUACAUCAAACUUGGGCAAACCCCCGAAGCAUGCUCGUCUUUUACAUUUCCACAAGUACUAGGGAUGACAAUGGCGAAUAAUCUUUUGCUGAAUGGGGUUGCGUUGACUUCGUGCCAAGCCAAACAACACGGCCUUGUUACCUCGAUCUUUCCGCAUGAUCAAUUUAAACAACACGCGAUGUCGUGUGUGCGCCGAACCGCGAUGCAAUCAUCAGAAGCGAUGCAGAAGUCGAAGGAGUUGUUGCGAAAAUCAUCCCAAACGCAACUUAAACACGUUAAUUAUUGCGAAUGUAACAUUCUGAUGGAAAGAUGGGCAUCCGAACAAACAUUAACCAACUUUCGUAGCUUUGUUUCUCAUGAUUUUAUUUCUUAAAAUAUUAACACAUUUGUUCUUAUGUUUUGUUUAUGGUUUAAAUAUAUUUUCUCGCAAACAGUGAAUUUGAAAGAAUCACAAUUAACUUUUUCCACGGUUUUCCUUCCAUUUUUUAAAUUCUUUGAUUGCCUCCUCUCGCUUUUGAGCUCUGAUGCGCGCUUCUUGGUUGUGUUGUGCACGGCGUGCUAUUCUCUAAACAGAAGAUUAUAUUGGUGACCGUAAACUGAUUAUUUC